ACUAUGUCCUGUCUGUGAGGACAGUCGGUGUCUCCUUCACCACAGCCACUGAGCGCCACCAGUCGGAUGUUCUUGACGACCAUCACCAGAGCCGAGACUCUCAGCAGCGCCAGUGUGAACGACCAAUCAGAGCGCUCCUCCUCCUCUGGCGGACCUCAGUGAGGACAGUCGCAGUUGGCGGUGUGUAACCUGUCUGACUUGGAGAAGGAGUCCGUGUCUGUGGUGGAGGGAGAGCAGGUGAACCGACAGAGCUCUGGGUCGGUGGUUUGGACAUUUAUUAGAGUCGAAAUCAAAGCUCGUCUCAUCGACUCCCACUCUCCCUCCCUCUCUCCCUCUCUCCCUCCCUCUCUCUCUCUCCCUCUUCUGUGAUGGUGGAUUAUCAGUGACUGGUUGGAGACAUGAAGAGCAGCCGACAGCGUCUGUGACGGACGUGAAGUGAGAGGCAGCCGCUCCACCAACAGGCUCCCCCUGUGGCCGCACCACAGCCCGGAGCAGCGCACAGUAACAAAGAGGACAACACACAGUCAGACGGCCGACCAAUCAGCUGACAGCCAGUCAUCACACCUCCUUCAACGGCGUCUCCUCUUCUGCUCAGACCUUUGUCUCCUCCAUCAGUUCCACCUUCUCCUCCACACACUGGGACCUUGGAUUUAAUGACAUACCAAUCAGGAACAACUGCCUGUAAGGAGACGCAGUGACAUCAUCGGUUCCUCUGACAUCAUCGGUUCCUCUGACAUCAUCGGUUCCUCUGCUCUGUGCUCCUUCCUGGGUUCUAGUUGUUACAGCCUUCCAGCAAAUAAACUGAAUCUGCCUCAUUAUCACCUCCUGCCCCCCCCACACAGUAACAUUAUGGGCCGGUCGACUAUUAAUGCUCAUUAAUCCAAGCGCAGGAAGGUGGAGGUCAAAGGGUGGGGGUUUACAGAGACGAACCAUCCUUAACAAGUGCCAGUACUUAACCAACACAGUGCCAUCUAGUGGACGGAACAUCAGUCAGAACUGUUUACAUUUGAUGAAGCCCCGGGUCAGGGAACCAUGACGUACUGUCCUGGGUCUGAAGAGUUCCAGUCAGCAGUGAGUCCGACGUACGUCCACAGUGGGACUCUCCUCCUCCUCCUCCUCCUCCUCGUGUCAGUCUUCUAGAUGAAGGAGGUGAGCUCCUCCUUGAAGGACCUCCUCCUCCUCCUCAGCUGUAAACAGGUUUAACACAACAGUAUCAUCACUUGAACGGACUCUUCUUUCUGAAGUUGAACCAAUCAGGUCGUUCUUGCCUUAUUCUCUAAUACCUCACAUGUAGUUUCAGUCUUCACCCCCCCCUCCCUCACCCCCCAACACAGAAAGGGAUUUCUUAGUCAUGUAAAAAUGACUCCCACCACCAGUUUCCGGGUCCUUGCCGUUUCCCUGCUGUCACUUCUUACUGCCCCCCUCACCACUUUUGUGGAAACCUCACCCUCCUCACCCUCCUCACCCCCUGAUCACAUGAACACAUCAGGAAGGCCAGCCACAGAGGAGCUCAAGACUGAGUCCCGAUCCUCGCUCCUGCUCCAGGCCAUCACAGCCAACAUGAGGCCGGCCGCUCUUCAAAGCAGGACCAGGAUAGCACAGAAACUUCCAGAGAGCUCAGAGGGAGUUCUGGAAACACCUCCGAGACCCCUGCCCCAGGUCAUGUUCCCAAAGAACGUGACCUUAGCUGAGGCUCUGGCCACUCCGCUGGGGACGCUGAUAGACGUGUGGACGGACGUAUGUCGGGGCUAUUAUGACGUGAUGGGGCAUUUUGACAGCCCUUUCAACUGCUCCAAGGAAACCUACAUCUACUGCUGUGGAACCUGCCACUAUCGGUUCUGCUGUCCAGAGCGAAGCCGAAAACUGGAGCAAGAAAGCUGUACGAACUACGACUCACCAGACUGGGCCAAACCACAGACCGAUCCCGUGUUUAUACCAGACGACUCAGGUUCCGACCCAGACUUUGACCCGCUGAAACAGCAGAGCCACAACACCGGCUUCGUCAUCGGAGGUGUGGUCAUAUUCAUGGUGGUCGUAGCUGUUGGCAUCAAGGUGGUCUUCAACAAGGUGCAGCACGAAGCUAACCAAAGGGACCUAAAUAUGCCCAGGGCUUUGGUGGACAUGCUGCGGCACCAGUCCAGCCCUGUGCAGCAGGAUGAGAGAAACAAUAGCGUGGCUCUGCCUGUGGGGGACGGUCAGGGGACUCUGGGGAGAGGACAAAAAAAUAUUUAUGCCCCAGGCCUGCCCAGCAAAGACAACAGAUUGGGCAAUUUGCAGCACAAUUUCAUCCACUCAUCAGGCUCCAGUCCUAAACACACCGCCACCAUCGAGCGCACGCCGAGGAUGAACAACGCUCAGCUGGCAGCUGGGGGCACUCUGCUCUCCAGCAAACACAACAACAACAAAUCCCAGCCUGCCUUUCACCACUCGCUGCACAACCUGGCUCAACUGCCUCCAUCUUAUGAAAGUGCCACCAAGCCUGAGCUCAACAGAUACUCCUCGCUCAAACGCCUCGAGAAAGGUCUGGAUGAGUACUCGUCUGGAUACUGCACCACUAAGCGCCGGCCUCACACAGCACAGCCAGCUCUCCAGUCCUCCCAGCACCACCUCCACUGGGGGGGGGACUACACACUCAGCGGGAGAGGAACUCUUCCCAGGCACGCAGCACGUCCCUGGAUUCCACCACCACCGUCUGGCAUGCCGGCUUCACCCACCCCUAACCCGUAUCCUCUGGAUCCCCCCGAACCACAGUUCAACCCCAACUACGACACUCUGUCUAAACCGCCGCGGAAAGUCAAGUCCACUGACCAGCUGCUCAACAUGGGGGACGUCCCGGGGAACACGGGGACUCUAUCCAGGCUGUCCAAGAACCAGCAGCACCAGUACUACAAAGCCAUGGCUGCGUCCAAUAAGAACUCCAACACCCUGAGCCGGAAAGCCCAAGACAGACAGGAGCGACAGGAGCGACAGGAGCGACAGGAGCGGCUGCUCAUGUCACCAGACCAUCUGGAAGACAGGAUGGGGGUGGGUGGGAUGGGGGUGGUAGAUCCAUACGCCAACACAGGAGGGGUGGUCCCCACGCUGCCUCGCCAGCAGAAGGCCCAAUCCCAGCAGAACGUCUGCGCCACGCCAUCCCUGGACCGCCACCACAUGAUCAAGAUGAACUCUCACCCCACGUCAGGAAGAGAGCAGGAGAGGAGCACAGCAAUGACGGGGCACAUGAGCGGGGGCAUGGGCUGGACCGGUGAGAUGGCAGGGGCUGGGGUCGUCAUGGGAACAGGAACGCUGGGGGGCCACAGCGCCAGAAGGAUGGCUUUUGCAGCAAAGAGGCAGAACACCAUUGAGCAGCUACAUUUUAUACCUGGGGGAGGAAGUGGGGGGUCAGGAGGAAGUGGAGGGAGUCAGGGUAUCAGGACAGGGAGUAAGAACGAGGUGACAGUGUGAGACCAAGUUCACCGAGUUCACACCAACGUAAAGAACCAGAACCGUUCUGCUUUUCCACCACCAGAGAGAGAACGUUGGGUGUGUUGAGGUCUCUUAGUGUUUCCCUGUAAUUACGUAGCUUAAACACAGUGACUGAAUUAACUUUAGCUGGGAACCAGAGUCCCCGUCAUGUGAUCGUCCACAUCAGCCAUAUUUUGUAAGUGAAUCUGCCAUAACGCCAACAACAGCGGUGCCGUCGCUGGAGAAAGACUGAGUAGAAAAUGAAGAGACGUUUUAUAUGUUUAUAAAAAAAGAUCUCAGGAGCCAUAUUAGACAGGAAC